UGAAUGGGAUGGGAAUCUUCAAAAAAAUAUAGAAAUAUGGCAUACCUUGGGGUUUUGUGUCAGAAAUUCAAAAAUAUAUGAGACUCAGGACUAAACUUACUACCCACAUCUAUCGGGGAACUCAAACAUAUACUCAUUACUUUUCAUUUGAAAAACAUAUAUUUCGUAGAGAUUAUGGACCUAUCGCAACUGGACUAUAUAUACAAAUGGCGCCGCACGGCCGCCGGCCUGGACGAGGAGGAGCCCCAGCAGGAGAUGUGCAAGCUCUUCCAUCUGCCCAGUGACCCCAUCGAGGUCUUCAACUGGAUCUGUGAUCAGAACUUACCCCGGCUGGAGGACGAGACACCGCCAUGGGACUUCUAUGAAGAGGAACUGGAGGCCGAUGAGGUGGAGCUGGGUCACGGGUGUUGUGGCAAACUGGUGGUCAGCCUGGGCAGUCAAACUCAGGCCCCAGAAGAACCAGAAGUGGAGUCUUCGGAGGAAACUGAUGACGAUAUGGUGUCGGUUAUGUCACAGCCACCAGCCGAACUGGUGGCGCCCGAGGAGCCGCCAAAGGCCGAAAAGAGCACCUGGAGCGGCCUGGUGAAGAAGGCCGUCCUGGCCGUGUCUCUCAUCCAUAGUGCCUAUGUCCUGGGUACGGCCUGUGUCCGGGGACUCGGUUCCUUCAACUUCUCCUUGUCGGCGAUGAGGACUCCGAUGGUCAAUCAAGAGGCACCCUGCUCCAUGCCCGUCUGCCUGUGGCGUCAAGUUGCCGCCAAACUUUCCAUCCAUGGCUAUCAACGUUAGGUCCCCACACUCCGCUCCUGACUCCCGCACUCCAGCACACCAGCUCCAGCACACUAGCUCCCAUUUAGCUAUUUUUAAAGAGCAUAUAUCGCUAUUUUUAAACCACCUCGGAUGCUGACUCGGACUCCGGCUCGGAUUAAUGGGCCACUUGUUUCAACUUCGCCAUUUCAUUUUGGAUUUGAUUUGUUCUAUUUCUUGUUACUCUCGAGCGAAGUAGAAAUAAUGCCCAACGGGCCAUGAUAAUCUCACCCAGAAUCUCGGUCAACAGAGCUCACCCACCAAGGGUCUACGAUCCGAUCUCCUACGAUCUCCAAAAAUAAAAUUAGAGCCGAGUCUCGAGUCGCUCUUCAAGUGUAAAA